AGGGGGCGGGGGGGGGGGGAGGGCGCUCCAUGAGCCUUUUUUCCAACCCUUCCGCUUCUGUACCCCGACUCCUCUCCCCUUUGCCCGCGAAAAAAUUAGGGACCUCGACUCUUAGCCCACCCCCAGCUCGGGCCCCGAGCCGCGCGGGUAAGGACCUGAGGGCACAGCCCGAACCUCCCCGGGUCCAGGAAUGCGCCCCCGCGCCCGCGCGCCCCCGCGGCCGGGGAACUACAACUCCCGGCAUGCCCCCCGCGCCCCCGGCGCGCCCCCCGCCCGUCAGUUCCAUGCUGCUCCAUCCAGUUCAUUUAAAACAAAAGAGUUUGAGCGCUGGAUGGGGCUGGUCUCUAUUGGGGGCCCCUGAGUGCGACUCCCAGGCCGGGGCUGGGUGCGGGAGCCUGAGGGGGGCGUCCGGACGGCGGGGUCCGGAGGCUCCGGGCCCGAGGAGGGAGGGAGGGGAGGGGAGGGGGCAGAGAUCCCGCAGCCCCCGGUCCCCCGUCACCCCCGGAGAGGAGAGGAGAGAUCUGCUUUCUGGGUUUUGUUUCUCUUUCCCCCCACCCCCACCCCCACCCCGGGGGCUGGGGCGAGGGGAGUCGGGUUACAGGGUGUUUGGGGAGGGGGGCUUAGGGGGAGGGUCUAUCUCUCUAUCUCGCCGUCUCUCCCCCUCCCCAGUUCUUUGUUCCCCCCUCCCCGCGCACCCCCUCCUCCCCUCUCCCCUCCCCUCCGCUCUCCUCUUCUCCCUUCCACCACCUCUCUCUCCCUCUCUCUCUCUCUCUCUCCCCCAGCUUUUGUUUCGCCAUGCCUAGUCUAGUGGUAUCUGGAAUAAUGGAAAGAAAUGGGGGCUUUGGGGAACUGGGAUGUUUCGGGGGAAGCGCCAAGGACCGAGGGCUGCUGGAAGACGAGCGCGCCCUUCAGCUGGCUCUCGACCAACUCUGCCUCCUGGGUUUGGGGGAGCCCCCCGCCCCCACGGCGGGCGAGGACGGGGGAGGUGGGGGGGGCGGCGCCCCUGCCCCGCCGGCCGCUCCCCCGCAGCCGGCCCCGCCGCCGCCGCCCGCGGCGCCCCCGGCCGCCCCGACGGCGGCCCCCGCGGCGCAGACGCCCCAGCCCCCCGCCGCCCCCAAAGGGGCCGGCGACGCCAAGCUCUGCGCCCUCUACAAAGAGGCCGAGCUGCGCCUCAAGGGCAGCAGCAACACCACCGAGUGCGUCCCCGUGCCCACCUCCGAGCACGUGGCCGAGAUCGUGGGCCGGCAAGGCUGCAAGAUCAAGGCCCUGAGGGCCAAGACCAACACCUACAUCAAGACCCCGGUGCGGGGCGAGGAGCCGGUGUUCAUGGUGACCGGGCGGCGGGAGGACGUGGCCACGGCCCGCCGGGAGAUCAUCUCGGCGGCGGAGCACUUCUCCAUGAUCCGGGCCUCGCGCAACAAGUCCGGGGCGGCCUUCGGCGUGGCGCCCGCGCUGCCGGGCCAGGUGACCAUCCGCGUGCGCGUGCCCUACCGCGUGGUGGGGCUGGUGGUGGGGCCCAAGGGCGCCACCAUCAAGCGCAUCCAGCAGCAGACCAACACCUACAUCAUCACGCCGAGCCGCGACCGCGACCCCGUGUUCGAGAUCACGGGCGCCCCGGGCAGCGUGGAGCGCGCGCGCGAGGAGAUCGAGACGCACAUCGCGGUGCGCACCGGCAAGAUCCUCGAGUACAACAGCGACAGCGACUUCCUGGCGGCGGGCAGCCCGCCCGACCCCGCCGCCGCCGCCGCCGCCGCGCUGGACGGCCGCUACGCCGAGGCCUGGCGCGUGCCGCCGGCCGCCUGCAAGCCGCUGUCCGCCUUCCGCCAGAACAGCCUGGGCUGCAUCGGCGACUGCGCCGCCGCCGUGGACUCGGGCUUCGAGGCCCCGCGCCUGGGCGAGCCGGGCGGCGGCGGGGACUUCGGCUACGGCGGCGGCGGCGGCGGCGGCUACCUGUUCCCGGGCUACGGCGGCGGCGGCAAGCAGGACGUGUACUACGGGGUGGCGGCCGAGACCAGCCCCCCGCUGUGGGCAGGCCAGGAGAACGCCACGCCCGCCUCGGUGCUCUUCUCCUCGGCCUCCUCCUCCUCCUCCUCUGCCAAGACGCGCGCCGGGGCCGGGGCGGGGCCCCCCGGGGUGCACCGCUCCCCGGCCGCCUCCGCCUCGGAGCUGGCGGCGGGACUGCCCCGACGCCCGCCCGGGGAGCCGCUGCAGGGCUUCUCCAAACUCGGGGGCGCGGGCCUGCGCAGCCCCGGCGGCGGCGGCGGGCGCGACUGCAUGGUGUGCUUCGAGAGCGAGGUGACCGCCGCGCUCGUGCCCUGCGGACACAACCUGUUCUGCAUGGAGUGCGCCGUGCGCAUCUGCGAGAGGACGGACCCCGAGUGUCCCGUCUGCCACAUCACAGCCACGCAAGCCAUCCGGAUCUUCUCCUAAGCUCCCCCGGCCUCUCCCCUGCCCCGGGGGCCGGUUUCCGCCAGAGCCUUUGGGAAACCGGCACUGUGAGGGGGCGAGGUGAUGGGAGAUGCUGGCUGGGGAGCUGGG